AUGGAGAAAAUCACUACCAAGAUCGCCGCCCUCCCUCCGGGCACGCCCUACUUCUCCCUCGAGUUCUUCCCCCCCAAAACCCCCAUGGGCUCCUCAAACCUGCGCGCGCGUCUCGACAGGAUGUCGCACUCCCUGCGCCCCCUCUUCGUGACUGUUACCUGGGGCGCCGGCGGCUCAACAGCAGACAGGAGCAUGGAGCUCGCGGAGCUGUGUCAGCGGGAGCUGGGCCUCACGACGUGCUUGCACUUGACCUGUACGAAUAUGAAGCGGGACAUGGUUGACAGGGCAUUAGAAGAUGCGAAUGCGUUGGGGGUUAGGAAUAUAUUGGCGCUGAGGGGAGAUCCGCCGCGGAGCGAUUAUAAGGAUGGUAAUGGUAAUGGCGAUGGUGGAGCGGAGGGGGAGUUUGAAUGGGCGGUUGAUUUGGUGAGGUAUAUCAGGAAGGGGUAUGGGGAUUACUUCUGCAUUGGCGUGGCGGCAUACCCGGAGGGACAUGCGGAUGAGAGUCACCCGGAAGGACAGAGCUUGGAGCACGAUCUGCCGUAUUUGGUAGAGAAGGUCGGGGCUGGAGCGGACUUCAUCAUGACGCAGCUUUUCUUUGAUAUCGACGCAUACGAUCGGUUUGAGCAGAGAUUGAGGGACCAUGAGAGUGGUCUUUUCAAAACGUUGCCGAUUAUCCCGGGCAUGAUGCCGAUUCAGAGUUACCAGAUGAUUAAGAGGACGACGAAAUUGAGCCAUGCAAAGAUGCCAAGCAAGAUUAUGGAGAGGCUGGAUGUGGUGAAGGGCGAUGAUGAGAUGGUUAAGAAGGUCGGGGUGGACAUCGUGAGCGAGAUCGUCACGCAUAUCAAGAACUCACCGUCGCCACAACCAAGGGGUUUCCAUUUCUACACUCUCAAUCUGGAGAAAGCAGUCUCUUUUAUCCUGGAACGAACAAAACUUAUCCCCUGCUCACCAACGGAUAUCGAGUGCGCGAUCACAGAGGAACCUUUGCCUCUCCCACUCCCUCUACAAACCGUCAGUAUCAACGGCCCGCACACAAACGACUCUCGCCACCGCCGUACCCGCCGCCAAAGCUCAGUGGGCUCAGACCCGCACAACCGAAUCAUCAUUACCGCGCCCCGAACCUCGAACCCCUCCUACGAAGCCACAGGUCUCGAAGCUGGGGUCCCCGCCGAACCCGUCAACACCCGCGCCAACACGCUCGCUAUCUCCGAAGGCGAAGGCUCUCUCGGCCGCGAAGCAACAUGGGAUGAUUUCCCCAACGGGCGAUGGGGAGACGCCCGAAGUCCCGCUUAUGGAGAAAUAGAUGGUUAUGGUGUCAGCCUACACAUGUCUAUCAACCAAGCGAUCAAGCUCUGGGGCUACCCUACCUCUCGAGACGACAUCACAGACCUCUUUUUCCGGCACAUCGAAGGUUCUCUCUCCGCAAUCCCGUGGAACGAAGAGGGUUUGAAUGAAGAAACUAACACCAUUAAAUCCCAACUCUUAAAACUAAACCAGAAAGGAUGGUGGACAGUAGCUUCCCAGCCAGCGGUAAACGGCGUGCGGAGUACAGACCAAGUCUUCGGCUGGGGACCAAGAAAUGGCUUUGUGUUCCAGAAAGCAUUUGUCGAACUCUUCAUCCCAUCUUCAGACUGGAAAAUCCUGAGGCAAAAACUCUCUGAAGAAAAUAUAUCGUCGAUGGUAUCAUGGUAUGCAUCGAACGCCGCAGGCGACUACCUUUCCUCUGAUACCUCGUCCUCUUCCUCGUCUUCCAGCAACUCCGGAAAUGGUUCCACGAACGCAGUAACCUGGGGCGCCUUCCCCGGCAAGGAAAUCAUCACCCCGACGAUCAUUGAAGAGGUGAGCUUCAGGGCUUGGGCGGAAGAGGCGUUUGGGAUUUGGGGGGAGUGGGGACGGGUAUAUGGACCAGGAGAGAAGGGGCAGGUUAGUAGGGGGUUAAUAGAGGGGAUUAAGAGUGAUGUGUGGUUGGUUAAUAUUAUUCAUCACGGGUAUGUCGAGAAGGAGGGGUUGUGGAGCAUGUUGCUUGAUUAA